UUGGUAACCAUCAAACUAUAAAGUGCACCAGUGCCAAACGCCACACCGAUUGAGGAGCAUGCGCCUCGAUGCUUUGGUCGCAUGGUAUCAGAAGAAGAUCGGCACCUACGACAAGCAGCAAUGGGAGAAAACGAUCGAGCAAAAGAUACUGGCCGGCAUCAGCCAUCUGCCGCUGAAGAACACCAAGCUGAAAACCGAACUGAUCGAUGUCGAUCUGGUGCGCGGUUCCACCUUCCCGAAAGCUAAAUCCAAACUGUCCAUACUGACGGUGCUGUAUCUGGCCGCACUGCGCAUCCUGCUACUACCCGUUUAUGCCCGCUGGUGGGUACAGCAAACAUCGCCCGGUGUAUUCCUGCUGCUACUCAUGCUCUACCUGCUACAAAUGCUUAACCUUGCCAUCUACAGCUACUGCUCGCGACCAGUUCCGAAUGGGCAAGAAGGUGAGCGAAAGGUUGCGACCGAUGCCGCGGUCGAUCACAUCGUCACGAUAUCGGACUUUUUGAUUCCACUCGCGCUGAGCCUGCUGUUGAGCGUAAUUCAUUCGCAAAUUGUUGCGACCGCCUCGAACAGCAAUGGAUCGUCCCUGCUUUCUUGUGGUAAACUAUCGCAAAAGUGUUUCUCGCACGGUUCCACUGCUUCGGCGACGCCGGGUGCUGCCAGUACCGGCACGUCCAUGUCUACACCGGGCGGGAUUGGAGGAACGUUGAGUAAGAAGCAACGUGAGCAACGCAUUCGCCGAAAGCGUCGCGUUAGGGCACACUCAGAAACGACUCAAUCGGCAUCGGUGGCAGGUCGUGUCCCGGCCGAGGAACGCGAUCGGAAGAAAGCGUUCGCCAGUGUCGGGGGAUCGAAAUCGGCUACCAGUUCGCCGGCUCGGACGGCACCGAAAAAGGGUGCGUGCAGUACGAGCAGCAGCACCAGCAGUGAUGCCGUUGAGCGUCACGAGCUAAAUGUGGAGCCUCCAGACUUAAGCGACCGAUUGGCGAAGGAUUCCGUGGUUCGUGCGGAAGAUCGGGCACCGAACAUUCACCGAUCGGUACAGGGUUCGCCGAAACUUACACCCAUCGGUUUGACCAUCACGACGACGAACAGUUCGAGCGAUCAUUCCCCACCGAAUGGUAGACGCGCGGGUGAUGAUCAUGCACGAUCAGAUACGAUGUUUCUACUGCCUGCCGGAUUGCGGCGUCGCAAUGUAAAUUGGGACCCGACCGUGCCGGAACGGACACGUCCUACCACAUCCUUGCUGGAACCGGUGGUCGAUGAUGAUGGGUUCGAAAGUUUAAACGGUAAAAGUUCUGGCGGCGAGGAUAGUGUUGUUGCGAAUGGUGCGUUUCUGCAGGAUCACAAUCGGCGCUACCGGAAGGUGCCAUUUGCAAACGAUUGGCACACCAAUGGACCCACUCUUGGAGGAGAAUUGAAAGAACAUCAGUCCGAUUCCGACACGGAUACGUUGAAGAACAGUACGACGAACAAUAACAACACCUCAACCACCACAACCAUCCCGGAGCUGGACGGUUUGCUUGAUCCACAGCGAAAGGCAGGCAGGGAGGUAGCCGACGUAGCGCAAAAGGAUACGCAAGGAGCAGCGGAAGGGAAAGCGUGCCGUGAAGCGGUACCGCGGCAACGGCACACGAAGGACACAAGUAAGCAGCAACGGUGCGCACCGACCGAUGGUGCAAAUUUAAGCGGAACGGACGAAAAACUAGGGACGAGCUGCUGCAGCGACGAGACGGACGAAGAGAACGAGUACGAUUUGCAUUCACCGUCGCCGCCACACAUGCACCUGCUUCACUCAUCGCCACCGCUGCAUCGCCACCAGCCGCCGGUACGGGCGUCGGCCGGUCCGUCGUCCCCGUCACCGCACCAUUUGCUUUACCUUCAUCGCCAUCCCGCGGUAGUAGUGCAGCCGGCGGUGGUCCACCAUUCCGUUCAUUCGCUUCAUCAUACGCAUCACUUUCAUCAUUCGCCCUCCGUACUGACCGAAGGUGAGGAGUGCAGCUACAGUUCCGAGCUAAACCAUUCCGAUACGCAGAACGAACACUCGGACGACGACUACGAGCUGGAGGACGUACCGACGCUCAUACUGAAUCCGGCCUGCGGUGCGUCCGACCGUGUCAGCUGCACCAUCUGGGAAGCACGGGAAGCAAAGAAGGCAGAAAUGUCCGUGCUGGACAUUUCCUCCGCCAUCAUCGAGCGCGUCGAAGCGAUGCCGGAAUCGUGCGACUACGUCUACAUUGGCGUUGUGCUGAGCGUGUUCCUAUCGCUUGUGCCCGCCUUCUGCCGGCUGUGCGAGGCGACGGUCGACUCAACCAACUCGACCGAGGUGAACUUUCUCGACAUGCCGGUCAUACUGUUCGAGAAGGCUUCCUUCUCGCUGCUGGCCGUGCUGCGGUUCGCAUUCGGCGAAACUACCUGGGAACGGUUUGUGCUGGUGCUUGGCUUUUUGCUGCGGCUCGUACUAACGUUUCUGGUGUUUUUCCUGCUGGCCGUCGCGGAGCGCACAUUUAAGCAGCGGUUCCUUUACGCGAAACUCUUCUCCCAUCUAACGUCGUCGCGGCGGGCCCAAAAGUCGGGCAUACCCCACUUUCGGCUAAACAAGGUGCGCAACAUUAAGACGUGGCUGUGCGUGCGGUCGUACCUGAAGCGACGCGGACCCCAAAACUCGGUCGAUGUCAUCGUAUCGGCAGCGUUCAUCAUAACGUUGCUGCUGCUGGCCUUUUUGAGUGUGGAAUGGUUGAAGGAUUCGGUCCAUCUGCAUUCGCAGUUUAAUCUCGAGGCGCUUGCCUGGUCAUGUGCGUUCGGCACAUUCUUGCUGCGGUUCAUGACGCUCGGUACGAAGAUUAACAAGAAGUACAAGAGCGUGUCGGUGCUGAUCACGGAACAGAUCAAUCUCUACGUUCAGAUUGAACAAAAACCAAAUAAAAAGGAUGAGCUGAUGAUAUCGAACAACGUGCUAAAAUUAGCAGCUGAUCUCCUCAAGGAGCUGGAAUCUCCGUUCAAAAUCUCCGGUCUCAGUGCAAAUCCGUAUCUCUACACCACCGUGAAGGUGGUCAUACUGUCUGCCCUCUCCGGUGUGUUGAGUGAAAUGUUAGGCUUCAAGCUAAAACUUCACAAAAUUAAAAUUAAGUAG